AUGGCUUCGUUCUUUCCAUUCUGGCGCAAAAAGCCGACUCAGAUUGAGAUUGAGGAGGCAGAGGAGAAUCUCAGACAUCAAUACAACGGUCACCGGCAUUGGGCUUCUGGGAAACGUUUCCAGCGUCCUUUCAUCAGCCCGGAGAACUUGUCAGAGCGCAGGCUGGAACUUGAAGAUCCAAAACACAUCUACGGCAAACAAACUUAUCUCAACCCCAAUAGAGAGAAUGACCACAAGAAAUACAUCGAUGUAGACACAUACUACAGCACCAACAAAUCAUUCCCUCGUCGGCUCGUUGUGCAGGCGACUCCAGAGGUCUAUGCAGAGUCCGAUAAUCACCCCCGCCAUUGGGGCCGUCGUCGCAUUCAUGGCAAAGUGCCUUUCAUCAUUUCACUGUCUGAAUUUUGCCUGAACCCGUUUGGUUUCCGUCAAUAUGAGGGCGCUCCAGACGAAGAAGAUGACGGGGAAUCCCCGAAACUGGACCGAAAGGAAAACCUCGGAUUGAGAGUUCUCAAAGGCUUCUUGCAUUGGAUCACGUCGACUGUGCUGACCUUGUUAUUGGCAUGGAUCAUUCAACUCAUGAUCUCUGUUGAGAUCGUUACCUCGCCAUGGAAUGAUGAUGGAUCGUCUGAGCCUUACGAUGAAUACCAAAAUGUCCACUGGUAUUGGCCAAAGCAUGCUGUCAAUGUUCUCGAUCAGUCCCCCGCAAACAACCAGCCUCAGUCAAGAGUCGCCAAGCUUACAAUUCCUCGUACUUUGGUGGUCAGGGAUAGGACCACAGGCGCCUGGAUCCCUACAAGCACAAGAGAGCUUCGCGACAAGAAGACGGGCAUGCUGCCGCCAUACAUUUUUCUCAGUUUCUCGCGCGCCAAUUUUGUCGGCAACAAUGAAGCCGAUUUGAGAGGCAUCCUUUACUCGGUAGCUGAGCGCAUGCUUGAACACGAGAAUGCACACAGAGAUCCACAAACACCUCCUCUUGAAGCAUUCUGGGUGGAUGUGGAUUGCGUAUCGGGCAUUACAGAAAUACCAUAUAGGGCCAGCGAAUCGCCAAAAACCCAAGACGUCAACUCUAUUUGUGAUGCGGUACGCUGUGCGCAUCGGGUUUACAUCGUGUUGCCGAGUAACAGCAUAUCUGCCCGACAAACAUGGGGGAGUCGGAUAUGGACUUUACCAGAAGUUCUGCUUGCUGCAAACAAAACUCGAUACUGCUUCGCUGAGUCCACUGAUGCUGACCUGCUUGCGCCGCACGAUGUUUCCUUAAACGACAUGUAUGAGAGUUUUUGGAAGCCACCAACUCACAAUGAUCAAUUGGAACAUGAAGAUGCAAUAGGCCACCUGAUCAGCCACUAUAACAACACAAUCAAACUUAGUGAUCUUCAGCUGUUCACCUUUGCAGUUCAGGUCAUGGCGAAGCUGUCCCAAGGUAGGGAUGUUGAGGGAUAUACGACCAGAGAUAUGGCCUAUGCCGCCAUGGGUCUGUUGUCUUAUCGAAUCACUCCUUGCGACGAUGAUACAGCAUUUCAGGCUAUUGCAAGACUAUCACUCGUAAAUGAUAGCAACCAGCUCCUCGAGCGUCUCGUUUGUCUAUGGCCGAAUCCAGAGCAGGAUCUGCGGUCAUUGCAGUCAAAACAAGGCUAUGUUUCAGCUAGCAGUGAGACGCUUCUUUGCAAUAUCGCAGACCGAGAUCAGUAUUUGACUCAUUUGUGGGAUAUUCAACCUAUCUGUGAUGUCGUUGGUAUUGGCGACGACUUAUACGAACCCACAAUCAUCAUGGACCGCUGCAAGGGUAUUCCUAUUCGGUGGAAAGACUUCCCAAGGCUGAGAUAUGCCAAAGAAAUCAAAGGCAUUGGUGCAACAGCAUCACAGUCAAUCGUCUAUUUUGGCGCCUGGGCUCUGGCGACUGGCUUCGGUCUCUUCUCAACUGCUAUGGCCUUGGCCGUUGCACUAUCUACUGGGGGCAAGACAGACUCGAACACUGAAGGGUUUACAAAGGCCCAACUUGAAGACUUGAGGACUCAAAUUAUGCCUAGCUAUCUGUGGUCCAUUGCGUGCUUCUUUGCCCUGUCUUGGGUGAUCUCUUGGUUCGCUCCGUGGGCAGUCCGACAGCUUUGCAAUGAGGGUACCAAGGGAACCUCGAGCCAUCUUGUCGGAUUUGAAGGCACUAUGUCGCUACAUGAUCUGGAAAAGGCGAUGUAUGGAAAUUACAACCACCGCCUAUCGUACGCAGCCUCUUCAACUGUCUUCUCGAGAAGUAUGCGCAAAUCCUACAUUCGAGAAGGCAAGGAACCACUUGACCCGGGCCAUUGGAAGAGCGAGAUGAAGAAACUCGGCUUCCCAGACUCGUAUCGCCUAUUCACGCUUGUUGACACGGGUAGCAUGACCGUGUCCGUCAUUGCUGCUGAACGACCACCUGUCGUCGCCUUGAUUUGCGGCCGGGAAGGCGGCAUGCUGCGCGUUCUUUUAUGCAGUUGGCGCUUUGAGCAGAAUUGUCUAUACCGCGAGUGCGUUGUGCGUAUGCGCAGUUCCUUGGAGGAACAGGCAACUUAUAAUGAUUGGCUGAAGAUCAGUCUGGCUAGUCAGGGUGAUGUUACUCGGACUCGUGUCAGUCAUCUGCAGCAGAAACGGAUCAAUGAGGAGAAAGCCCGACUGGAGGAGACAGUUAGGCAGCGAAAGCCUGUUUCUGAAGGGAGUGCCUUGGGCACUUUGAAAGGACCACCUUCGCCUCGUGUUUCGAUUCUUUCGGUUGGGCAUGGUGUAGCAGGACAGUAG